UUAACCUUUCAUAGCUCCAAUUUGUAUUUAGUUCCUUGUCUGGUGUCUGGUGAAUUUCUUUUGAUUAGUACUGCUCCGUGCAACCUUUUAAUUUAGUUGUGCUACAAGUGGGAUAGGAUCUGGAAUUUGGUCCAGCUUUGGAAAAAAAUAAUAUUUAUUUCACAAAGUUUUGUUGUUCUUUGUUUGACCAUCUAAGAGCAUCUCCAAUGGUGGCCCGAUCAGAGUCCGCACGAAAUAAGGCUCCUAUGGGCCUCCCCAUCAGGCAAAAAGUGUGUCCCAAAAGUAUGGACCCCAAUACGUCCAAACACGCUUGCCACGAAGGACUCACCCUGUAACACUUCGGCCAUGCCUAGGCCGAGCCUGCUACCCUCGCAGCUCUUUGGGACAUCUAGACUGCCCGCACAAACCAACAGAUAUCUUUUCCGUGCACAUUAUCCUCCCUCGUGCGCAUCUGAAAAGGACUACUUGGUCGGUCACCUAUCCGCACGCUUAACUUAAGAGUUUUUUCGGAAUAAGUUUCUAGAAAAGAAGUUGCAACUUAUUGAUAUGAGUAUCCUAUCAAUCCUAUUGAGCCCUGGGCUAGGAUGUCACACUCAUCCCCCUUAGAAGAUCGACAUCAUGUCGAUCAACCCCAAACCAGGAACUUCCCCUUUUGACACACGUUUGUGCGUCCAGUGCCGGCGCAUGUGCCAUGUUGUGUGCCACGACGGGCCACAACAGUCAUGCGCCACCUUCUCGAACCCUUGACCCACAAAUGUUCGUGUAACCGUGAAGGUCGGCUCUGAUACCAAAUGUAACACCCCGGCUAUCCCUGGCCGGACUUGUUACCCCUAGCAGCUCACUAGGAUGUAUAGACUAGUUCCACAGAUCAAUACAUGUCUUUUCUGCGCACUUUGUUCUCACUCAUGCGCACUGGGGAUCAACUUUACGGUCGAUCACCCAUCCUCAAAUUGCUCCGAGCCAAGCAGGCUUAAUCUCGGAGUUUUUUGGAGAUGAGCUUACGAAAAAGAAGUUGCAACUUGUUAAUAUGAGUAUCCUAUCAAUCUAAUUGAGCCCUGGGUCAGGAUGUCACACGCCCCCACUUGGCCCACCUAGCACUUAGAUAGGGAAAACCCCUAUUCACUUUGGUCCCUUCUUGCUACUCUCCCUCCCACACUAAUGGCAACGGCAUCCCGUUCGCUGCUAUUUUGUCCAGUUCGCUGCUAUUUUGUCCUGUUCUCCCGUGUUGAUACCUUCAAUUUAGAUUACGGAUAACAACUUUUUCUAAGAGAUCCUAGGUUUAUAUCGGGAAGUAUGUGCUUGGAGAUGUCACUUCUAGGAAGCCUUUUAAAGCUUCUUGGAAUCUUUGAUUACCGGAGCAACUAUUUACUUUUUGGUUUAAAUCAAUGGAUGAAAAUAGGUUAGGGGUCAAUGUUUCACCUUGUGCAUACAUAAUGAGAUAUAAAAGAUAAAAUGAAGCAUUGUUGGUAAUAAAAAUAUAACUAUGUACUCAGAGUUAUAUGUGGGCGAUGCGUCCUCAUGGCACUAUAGCCUACGAAUCGUGGUUACUACGAUUUCAGUUGUCCAACCGGAUACCAUACUCACAUUCAGUGAUAUCUAGUUAUUAAGAUAAAUAGGCCAAAGCAUUAUGUUAUGUGAUGUCACGGAGAAUCAUAUUCAACUACCUUACUCCCCUUCACUCACACCAGGGUUUCACGAGUAGCCAGAAAUCUCCCGUAGAAAUACCUUUACCUUUCGAUCUUUUAGGGUCUUAGGUACCGGGCAAGCCCUAGGAUCACGGCAAAGACCAGGGACAUAUGCAUGAAACAUAAAUAUUACACCAACAAUUACAUAUGAAAAUGCACGUGAGGGCUCAGCCCUUAGCCCGUGAAGACUACUUACACGGGAUUAGAUCAACAAAGCAUUGCAUAGAAGUCAAUACAAUUGAAUAAAAAAUAAUUUUGCAAUGUCGCCAAUCGCGAAGAAAUCUAUAGUACAAAUAUGGAUUAUGAUGGAGACUAGGGGAAUGGCUAUAGAGAUGGUGGUGAUGGCGGAGCAGAGCUUUGGUGUCGAUGAAUGGAAAUUGUCUUUAUGGCAGCUGCAGUUUGACAUUUUAUAGGGAUGUGGACGAGCGUCAAUUUUCGGCGGUUCCAGUGGGACCUUUCACAAAAGUUCCUUGGUUUGAAUCCACUUGGUACAGCCGGAUGGUACUAUUGAGGGUUGGCCGUACCAAUGUUGUUAAGUCUGGUUUCACAUCAUUUUGAGGUCAUGUUGACUCGGGAUUUCCUCCUUCAUGUGAUUCUUACCAUAAAUGCUUAGGUAUCAUCAUAAAAACUUCCAUUUCUUUGACGAAACAAAUUACCAAUAAGAUUUACACAUCUAUGCAAUAAUGAUUGAUUAGGGUUAGGUUCUUGAGAAAUCAUCUUGUUUAAACGAAGAUAAAAAUGAGUGUAAAAUCCACUCACGACGCCGUCAGCGCUCUUGGAGCGCAAGCCAAUGCUCAAGCUGGGAGAGCGAGGCACAGGCUAAACGGAGCGCAAAAGGAGGAUCACCAAGGGCGUGAUUUGUUGCUCGCAACGGGUUUUCCCCUUUCAUGUCGUCACGUGCAAUUUGGACAUGUAGCUACCGUAUUAGUAGAAACGUGGCUUCGGCCAACAUUGGCACUACGUUUGGAUGCUAGCAAUUUUACUUGGGCUUGGCUUGAGAAACGAUAGGCAGUUCGAUUGGUAGGUUGUUUUACGCUUGAAAAAAACUUAACACCGUGUUUGGUUAUGCGCAGAACGAGGAAUGUGAUAACCUCUUCCCCAAAUGGUGAGGUUACCACCCUUCUUGAGCAUCAAUAUAACAGUCAUUGUUCAGUAGCACAUAGCAGACAUUGUUCAACACGAAAUUAAACAUACUAACUGACAUUAUGUGGGCACAUUCUUCACUCGUCGAUCAUGGCAAGGACUGGAUCAUGCCGCGGGCACCUCUGGACCACCUCUAUCAUGGUAUAGUUAAAGAUGGUGACCUUGAAUGAAUACGUCGCUCCUGAGCAUCUUGAAGGUCAUGAAGUAGCCGAUCUUGACCUAAUGAGCAAUGGCAAAUCCAAGCCAGCCUUGAUCAACGUAGAUAGUGCCUUUGACGUCCCUCAGCUUGACCAUACAGGAGCAACCGAUGUUUGUCUUGAGGAUGCUCGUCCUGGGUACGAUGCCAAGGUACUGCCAGAAGCCUGUUGGGAUUGGGAGCAUUUCUAACGCCGGAGACAACACCACUUUAGCAAACUUGGUUGGUCCGAUGUCGUCAUGGAAAUGCCCAACCUUGGCAGCCCCCUCCCCCUUAGGCCUCUUGGCACUGCUGCCUUCUCCAGCUUCGCUGGAACAACCCUCGCCAAAGAGCCUGUCCGGUCCACCCAUCAUCAUCUUUGGGCACUGCAAAAUGAAGAAGUAAUUUGAAUGAGCACAAAUAGAAGUGUGUGAUGAUAAAAUGAGCAAGGAUGCAGGUGGAGCCUCAUAUGACAGUAUGAUUGAACAUGACAAAGAAGAUCACAUAUCAAUAAAGGCAAAGGGAUUGUCCGCAAACUAAGUCUAGUGUACAAGCAAUUUUGUUGCACAUAUGACUAAGUUUAUGGACAAACCCCUUGCUUUGCAUUGUGCCACCUAACAAAUCAUUGGCUAUAGAAGAAGAAUGAUGGAAGCAAAACUAUAAGGUCUCAAAUCAUUGAACACCACAAUUGAUGAUAUUCAACCGAGUACAAGGCACAAGCAGGAGCGUUUGUGCUUUGUACAAGGUUGGAUAACACCAAUUCUGGUGUCAUUUGGUUAACACAUCAUAUCACUGGCAAAAAAUAUGGUAGGCCUAUUACUUACGAUGCAUCCAUUAGCUAAGAAAUGCCCUGCGACAAAGGAGCAUGCAAGACAUAUAUGUGUUGCAAGCCCCGAGGCCACACAUCAUUGCUAGCUAACAAUGUGAUCCUGGUUUUAAUCAUAGGCCAAACCAUUGAAGUUAACACAAAUACUAGUGAUCAACAAACACGGCAGAUCAUACUAGCUGGCAUCAAACAAUAGAGAAACAAGGUUCAGAGUUCAUACAAAGCCUAAUUAUCAUACAUUACAUGCCAGUGUAUUUUCACCACUCAUCACAAAUUGCCCUAAUCCUUUUCAGCUUAUCCUUAUUUUAAAAACCCAGCUUUAGGAGAUCAAACAAUGAUAUUUGUAAAACUUUGACUGAUCCAUGAGUUGUAAAACUGAUAUAUUUUGAAUUCGGGAUAAUAUAGAAGCCGUGUGCAUCAGCUUAAUGCAGAUGUUGAGACGUUUGCUCCCACUUAGAAAAGAAAAAUCCAUCGACUCCAAAUAAUUUUCCGCCCGAAUCUUCUGUAAGCAUCGACAAUAACUUUCCUAGGCCAACUGAUAAUGCUCGGCACAUGGUCAAAUUCCCCUAAUCCAUCUCUUGCAUCGGCGCGCGCGCGUCAGAUCGAGCAGCGGUGCAGCUGUGCCAGAGGCGUCUGGCAGGCAUGUCUCCCCUGGGCAUCCCACUACUGCAUACACUGUGUUUCAUCUCUGAAUCUCUGAUCUGUUGGUAUGUACGUACAGCUGCAAGCUCGCAUGGCAAUAGGCUGCUGGCUGCAGCUUCUUAUUGGCUCACGCAGACGAUAAUAGCGUUUCUGUACUCCUCGAUGUAAUAGUCGAUCGAUCCAAUUCCUCGCCGAUAGAAGCCCCACAGGCUGGAUGGCCGGCAAGGAGGUGGAUAGGUAGCAAGCUUAAGCUAGGCAGGCUCGCAGCAGAAGCAGUGCUAGUACUGGAGAGUGGAGCCAGCAAGCAGGGCAUCCAUCAUCAAGGCUAGUUAUUUGUCCUGCAGCUAGCCUGGGCUGGGGCUGAGAACUUGAUGGCAAUCACAGGAGCCAAUCUACAGAGACAGGGAGGGAGACGUCGCUUUUCUCCUCCCGUUAAUCCCAUGCACGCAGCUCUACGCAUGACACGAGAUGCCAUUCAAUAACCUCUCCUCACAGCGCACAGGCACAGGCUCGGAGUAGCUAAUUCCCUCCUCGCCAGGAAACCCUUCUCCACCAUCGCAUCCAUCCCAUGAUUCCCAUCUCCAUCGCCGUCUCCGGUACCUAUGUUUCCUCUCUUCUUAUAUACGCACCCGCUGUAUCCCCUCCCUGUGUGACGAUCCACUAGCUAAUUAGCUACCUAGCGGAAGCUGCUAAUCUAUCGCUAGCCGUACGUCACUUGGCUGGCUUGGCUAGCUAGCUGCUGCCUCGCUCUAGUCGAGCUUGCUUGUCAACCUAUCAAAUGGCGUCGACGGCAGUCGCAGCAGGCGACGACGCGGUGGGCCAGCAGCAGCGCAAAGGCAGCACAGGUGGAGGGAGCGGGACGCCGCCUCCUCCGCCAACGGAGCAGGGGCUCCGGUGCCCUCGCUGCGACUCGCCCAACACCAAGUUCUGCUACUACAACAACUACAGCCUGUCGCAGCCUCGGCACUUCUGCAAGACCUGCCGGAGGUACUGGACCAAGGGCGGAGCCCUCCGCAACGUCCCCGUCGGUGGCGGCUGCCGCAAGAACAAGCGCUCACGCUCUGCGGCCUCCUCCUCCGCCCGCGGUCUAUCGCUCAACCUGCCGGCAGCGGUGGAGAGCAUCGACGCGGCCUCCGACCAGCACGCUGCAAGGAUGGGCGGCGCCUUUCCUGGCGGCGACUUCCACGGCGUGGUCGGCAUGCUGCCGGGGUUCCACCAGUCCCCCGCCGUCGUUAGCCACUACGUGCCGUUUGGGGAAUGGCCCUCGGGUGGCGACGUCAACAGCGGCCACGCGAUGAACGGAUCAGGAGCCGGGAACGGCGCGAUGGGCAGCAGCACCCUCGCCUCGUCCAUCGAGUCGCUGAGCUUCAUCAACCAGGACCUCCACUGGAAGCUGCAGCAGCAGCGGGUCGCCACCAUGUUCCUCGGCCCGCCUAGCUCCUCUUCCCACUCCCACGUCGACGGCGGUGGCCACGUAGCAGCAGGCGCGCAAUUCGGAGGCGCCGGUACGUUCCUGCAGAUGGCGGGGGUAUCCGGCAUGGAUACCGUGCCGGCGGCUACGUCGUGGUUUAUGGACAGCUCCUACGCGCUGCCUUCUCCGCCCCCACCUGCUGCCGCCGUCGGCACUACCAGCAGCAACAUCAACAGCGGCCGGAGUAGUGGUGGCGCCGGCGACGAUAACGCCACCUCCAACAACAACAACUGCGGGAGCGCGAUUCCGUCGUGGGGCGAUAUUUCAACGUUCGCGAUGCUACCGUAGGAGGUCAUGUUCCCAAGUGCUGAUUCCAAAGGAAUUGAGCUUGUUGCUAGCGAGGCUAAUUUAUGACUAUUCGUUAACUAGUGCUCUCUAACUGGGUUUGAUAUACGUGCAUGUAUUAAUUCAUUAUUAUCAAGUGAUAUAUUUGUCACAAUAUCCUAAUCAACAAUCCAUGUUUCAUGCCAUAUAUAUGGUCUUUUCUCAUUCCUUUUCAUUUGCUUUUUUGUUCCUUUUCCCUUUGGUUCAUUCUUCCAUGCACGCAUGGAUGAAUGUUGUAAACUUUGUUACAUCUCAUGUGGAUCUAAUCGUAUUUGACU